AGUCAUGGAACAAAAGCCCCCUGAAUCUGCAUGAGACGUUCCGCGCUGUGCCUCAUUGGUAAUGUCGUGCAUGUGGAUUCCCCUCGAGGGUGCAUCUCCAGACUUUUUGAUGGUUGCGAUCAGUGAUUUGCGCUGAAUCCCUGAGCCUGCUGUCCUCUGUGCCUUUAGACGUUGUUUUUCCCGACUGUACAUGUCAGCCUUGAACAACAUCGUGGUUGCGGCCACCUCAGAUGAAGCCGAGCAAUGUCGUUGAAUGGGCUUGAUGAAGUUGCGGUCGCCGCUGCGCACCGAGCUGCGCUGGCAGAACCAGGAGGAUGGUUCUUGCUCAAAUAUGCCAAUCGCGACACGGUAGAGCUGCUGCAGAAAGGGGCGGGAGGUGUGCAGGAAGUAAGAGGUGCGGUAGAAAAAUAUGAAGAGAAAUCACCACUAUAUGGCAUGCUGCAACACCGGCGGAAGAAGAUCAUCUUGAAAUAUGUACCAGAGGGCACUUCGCGACUAUUGCAAGUGCGGCUUACUGUACAAUUCCAAUCCAUCCUGGAAAUAUUCACACCGCAUGACACCGUCUUCUCAUUUACCGCGGCUUCGGAGUUGACUGAGUCUUCUCUUGGCUCAUCGAUGAUGCUAGCGCCCUCAGCCGCUUCAUUAAGGUCCUCGAGCUCAUCUUUACGGCGGCGCAGACUUGACGAGAUCACGGAGGAUGCAGAAGAAAGUGCAACUGAAGCAGACGACAAGGUCAACCGCACGCCGCAGACAGAAGAGCCCGCAGCGCAAAGCUACGGAAAGCGCGAACUAGACGAGUUGCCUGCGAGUGCUAUUCUGGCCAAAGCACUGUUGGCAAAGAGGAGGGAAGAAGCUGCGGCCGCUGCAGCAGAAGAAAAUGCACAAUUGGCAACUCUCGACUUUCCUCUACCACCUUCUAGGGAUGGUCUCUCCCCAAAAAGGGCGCCUCCAUCUUUUCAUCUAUCCGUACCUCCUCCCGUAGAGAAGGUCUUGCCUGACACACCCGAGUCAACGCCCCCAACUACCAGCGGAGGUGAACCGACGAGAGCCCCCGACUUCGACGCAGCAAGUAACAUACUUCUGGACGCCAGAAACAAGGAACCUGCGGAAGCGCUCACGCCGCGUCCUCUGCACACUCGUCACCUUUCUGCUGCAGAGUCAGAUAGUAUUAGUCAGUGGACGAACCACGUCGCAUCGUAUGUCAGCGUUGAUUCAACAAAGAAGAAGAGAGCACCUCGACCCCAUGUUGAGGCAGGCCAUCGUCCGAAGACGUCGGGCACGACGGACAGCAGUCUGAGCGAACGGCCAGUCGCCAACCUACCAAACAGUAUUCGAGUGAGCAAUAAACAUUUGCUGAAUUUGGGCGUGCGACCGUCGUCGCAGCAAUCCACUCGCAGCGUCCCUGCUCGCUUCGUACCCUCCAGCCGUCCUACGACAGGUGUGCCACCGCUACCUUCUCCCUCACAUGCACAGUCACUCUACACACCAGCAGAAAGUCGCCCUGCUGUAUCCAGGCCUGCCUCGGUUACGACAGAGGCGUCAACAGCAACGCCAGAAAAGCUGAGAAUGAUGAAAGCGCUACAGCUACGCAAACGAAGCAUGCUUCUAGCACAAAGAUCUUCGGUGAACACUUCUGCGGCACCGGGUCCUCAGGGCGGUGUUACCACAGGUUCGAGUCUGGGUCCGCAGGCGUCGAAUCCCAGUCAGGAGCACCUUGCAAACAUUGACGAAGAAACGAAUCUCGCGCAGUCAUCCAGUACGACAUCUCCAACAUUCAUGACACACAUUUCGCAAGAGCCAUCGACGAAGGCUUCCUCGUACACAGAUCCAGAUGAUGCAUCCCAGAAUCGUCGGUCACUCUCUUCGGCAACCAGCUCGUCCGUAACCCCGAGGGCAGGUAUUCAAGAAAAGCUAAGCCCACGCGAGGAGUGGCAAGACGAAAGACCUGCUAGCAGAUCAAGACUGGGCAUUGGAACCUUACCCAAAGUCCAGGGCUCUGACACCAGAAAGGAGACAACAACCUCGACAAAGUCAAUCUCCAGCCCAAGUCGACGAGACGCUCCAUUUUCUCUUUUUCCACGCGAGACAUCGAGCAGGCAAAACCGAUCUCUCGAGCAGUCUUCUGCAUUUGAUAGAGCCCAAACCUCAAGGCGCAUCGGGCCACCUGAGGCUUUGAGGCUUGUAGCCACGGGUGAUACCUCUGCUUCGGAUGUCUCUGAAGACGAGUUGCUUAUGGACGAACUGCAAAAUGCCACUGUGCAUGAAGCGAAGCCCAUGUCGGUUGCACGCUCGCCUGUAACUCCUAUAAUGUCAAGGGGCAGUACUGACCGACUCCGUGAGUUCACGGCUAGGAACACAAGCGCUGGCUCGCAAGCUCGGCGGAGUCCUGGAAGCACGCCUGAUCGGACGAGGUCUAGCAGCAUACGGAGUACCUCUACUGCGUUACCUCAGUGGCCACCUGUGCAAGCUGGACAAGCGCCAGUCCCUUUGACGAAAAAACCAACUCUCGGCACCGGCAUAUCCAAACGCAUCAAAGCUUUGGAAGUGUUGACCACAAAAGAGACGGUUUCGCAACAACCUCCAGCUCCUGUACGAGAAAUCAUUGGGGGGAAUUCAGCCUUCUCAGCCUUCAUGAAGCGCUCGUCGUUGAUAAGCAACCAGCCAACCCCCAAUGCCUCUACAGAUGCCUCGCCACCAAAGAAACUGCCUGUGUUGGCCUUCCAUGCCGACGCACCAUCCACAAAGCCAAAGGAGAACACGCGUCCAUCGGUUGAUGCCUACGCCCCUGUCCAGAAAGGAGAGACCAUAUCCGUUACCGCUAAGAUCAUCCGAGAUCCUGUUCACAAGCAUCCACCAAUGUCACCCAGUUCCAGCUACAAUACUCCUCUCAACCUAUUCCGAAGUCCUUUAAUCGUCGAACAUGAGAAAUACGAUGAGCUUCCAAGAGACCACUCGAUGGUUUCUAUUCAAUCCUCGCUUAAAAGUCCGGCCAGGUCCGAGAAAGGCAGAUUCUCCUUUUCCUCCCAUCGUUCAGGCUCUAAUAGCAAUCUGCCUCGAUCGGAAUCAAUUCACAGCAAAAUGUCGCAUUCGAGCACCUACAAAAAGCAUGGACCACGGUCGGCCAGUGACACAACGUCUAUCGGAGAGGAAAAGACGAAAACAUCCAGGACUAGCCGCUUGAUGAAGCGGGUGUCAAACCUCACCUCUUCGCGCAACAAGAACCAGCCGGCUUCUAAGGCGCAGUCGCCUCCCAAACAACUUCAAGAACCACUUGAUCCGAUACGGCAGGACUCAUUCUCCGAGUCCCUGCUGCAUGUUGUUGAUAUCGGGGAUGUCAACGUACAAUUUCCCGAGUCACUCUUAUGGAAGCGUCGCUUUAUCAGAAUCGACGACCAAGGUUACAUUAUCUUUUCGCCGCCUGUCACCGACGCGAACAUGAGGAGCGUCAGUCGAAAGUAUCAUCUGAGCGACUUUAAGCAACCCACACUUCCUGACAUGGAAAGAGAAGAGAUAGCGUGGAGUAUAGUCCUUGAUUUACUGGACGGGAGAUGUGUCCAGUGUGCGUGUGAGAGCAGAAGUGCCCAGCAACAGGUUUUACAGAUGCUCAUUGAUGCCCACAGUGCUUACCAACAGCUAUAUACUGGAGGGUAGGAGGACAUCACGGCUAGCAUAUCCCAGAAGCAAUGACAAUGACGACGUCUAAUCAACUUUUUCGCAUACCUGGAUUCAAAUGAUUGAUGAGCAACAAGCAAGCAUUGGCGUUGGAUUGGUUUUGGUCAUGCUAUCUGGGCCAUCAAGGAUUUCGUGUGUUUUCCGACAAAGGCCUGUACUUUUAUACUCAAAAAGCCAAAUAUUGGCAUGUAAAGUAUACAGACACGAUUUCGUACUGUAGCGAAAAGUACUUGCGCGAUUGUGUUGUGAGGGCCCAGAUUGUGAUGCUGGUUGGUCUAUCAGUAAUCUUGAUCCAAGUGACGUCGACAAGGCUGAGGAUGCCUAGGAGACAGACUGGCCUUUCCGCAAUUAAUGCUUGGAAAUCCACCAGCUUCACGCCUCAAACGUCAAACAGGGACCCCGGGCCCACC